AUGACACCAGCUCUACGCGCACCCCUUAUUCUUCUAGCGCUAAUCACUGCACUGUAUUCAGGAUGGUGUUCGGAAGACGAGGAGCGUCUGGUCCGCGAUCUAUUCCGCGGCUACAACAAACUCAUCCGGCCGGUCCAGAACAUGACGCAAAAAGUGGACGUCCGCUUUGGCCUUGCCUUUGUCCAACUCAUCAAUGUUAACGAAAAAAAUCAAAUCAUGAAAUCGAAUGUAUGGCUCCGACUGGUUUGGAUGGACUACCAAUUAAUGUGGGACGAAGCUGAUUAUGGUGGUAUUGGCGUUUUGCGAUUGCCACCUGACAAAGUCUGGAAACCGGAUAUUGUGCUCUUCAAUAAUGCGGACGGAAACUACGAAGUUCGAUAUAAAUCAAACGUUUUGAUUUAUCCAAAUGGGGAAGUUCUUUGGGUACCGCCAGCUAUCUACCAGAGUUCAUGCACAAUAGAUGUAACAUACUUUCCAUUCGAUCAACAAACUUGUAUCAUGAAAUUCGGUUCUUGGACAUUCAACGGCGACCAAGUGUCGCUAGCACUGUACAAUAACAAAAACUUCGUCGACCUCUCCGAUUAUUGGAAAUCGGGGACUUGGGACAUUAUAGAGGUCCCCGCCUACUUGAAUAUUUACGAAGGCAACCAUCCCACUGAGACCGACAUUACUUUUUACAUCAUUAUAAGAAGGAAGACUCUGUUCUACACUGUUAAUCUGAUUCUGCCGACCGUUUUAAUUUCAUUCCUUUGUGUGCUGGUAUUCUAUUUGCCGGCCGAAGCUGGUGAAAAGGUUACUCUCGGUAUAAGCAUUCUUCUGUCUCUUGUCGUGUUCCUGUUGCUGGUGUCAAAGAUUCUUCCGCCGACGUCGCUUGUGCUGCCACUCAUAGCCAAGUACUUGCUGUUUACAUUUAUCAUGAACACUGUCAGUAUUCUUGUCACUGUGAUCAUCAUUAAUUGGAAUUUCCGAGGGCCGAGGACGCACAGAAUGCCGCUAUGGAUACGAAGUGUCUUUCUGAACUAUUUGCCAACACUCCUCAUAAUGCGUCGGCCUCGCAAGACACGACUUCGAUGGAUGAUGGAAAUGCCAGGCAUGGGUGCGCCUCCCCACGCAGCUGCACCUCACGACUUGCCAAAACAUAUAAGUGCAAUCGGGGCUAAGCAAAGCAAAAUGGAAGCAAUGGAACUAUCAGACUUGCACCACCCCAACUGCAAAAUAAGUCGUGCUGCAGGCGGUGGAGAAAUGGGGGCCCUCGGUGGCCUGGGAGCCCUCGGGGGCCUCGGGCUUGGGGAAAGACGAGAAUCUGAGAGCUCAGACUCCUUACUCCUAUCUCCAGAAGCGACGAAGGCUACAGAAGCUGUAGAAUUUAUAGCAGAACAUUUACGCAAUGAGGACCUAUAUAUUCAGACCCGUGAAGAUUGGAAGUAUGUCGCAAUGGUGAUUGACAGGCUCCAGCUCUACAUAUUUUUCUUGGUAACGACCGCCGGCACAGUCGGCAUUCUCAUGGACGCCCCACAUAUCUUCGAAUACGUCGAUCAAGACCGUAUCAUUGAGAUUUAUAGGGGGAAAUAA